AUGUUUUUGCUUUGGUGUCAGCAGGCCCUGACGGCCCCAUCCCCUCUCUCGGGUUUCAAGCGUGUCCCUUCCGCACUGCCCUCUUGCAUUCUCUUUCUUCUCGAGCGCGUGAAUGUUACCCUAGAGGGGGCUGCAGCACCGCAGGCUUCCUCCUCGCCGCCACCAUUUGCUGUUGUUGGCUGCAAGUCCGGUGCCCGGCGCCAGCUCCUCGGCAGCCAGCGAGGACUCUGCGCUCGGCUUACCCAAACAGAAGCGCCGGCGCACAGUCUGCACAGGCCGGGCAGCCCCUCUCCCCCACCCCCCGCAGUGCCAAACGCCGUGACGCUCACUGCGACAAGUGUGCACCUCACCACGUGCGUGCGCACGGUGUGCGGCACCCAGGCUCGUGCAGCCGCGAUUCACACCGGCUUUAGUCCAUCCACAGCCUUUGUCCCCACCCGCAUCUAUGCACACUCCCCUGCUGCGCGUGACGAGUGCUUGAGCUCCAGGACAGCACGCUCCGAGGAGGACCGGGACGGCCUCUGGGAUGCCUGGGGCUCAUGGAGCGAGUGCUCACGCACCUGCGGUGGAGGGGCCUCCUACUCACUGAGACGCUGCCUCAGCAGCAAGAGCUGUGAAGGAAGAAAUAUCCGAUAUAGAACAUGCAGUAACGUGGACUGCCCACCAGAAGCAGGUGACUUCCGAGCUCAGCAAUGCUCAGCUCAUAAUGACGUCAAGCAUCACGGCCAGUUUUAUGAAUGGCUUCCUGUGUCUAACGACCCUGACAACCCGUGUUCACUCAAGUGCCAAGCCAAAGGAACAGCCCUGGUUGUGGAACUAGCACCUAAGGUCUUAGAUGGUACUCGAUGCUAUACAGAAUCUUUGGAUAUGUGCAUCAGUGGUUUAUGCCAAAUUGUCGGCUGUGAUCACCAGCUGGGAAGCGCCACCAAGGAAGACAACUGUGGGAUCUGCAACGGAGAUGGGUCUACAUGCCGGCUGGUCCGAGGGCAAUAUAAAUCCCAGCUCUCCGCAACCAAAUUGGAUGACACUGUGGUUGCUGUUCCCUAUGGAAGCAGACAUGUUCGCCUUGUCUUGAAAGGACCUGAUCACUUGUAUCUGGAAACCAAAACCCUCCAGGGGGCUAAAGGUGAAAACAGUCUCAGCUCUACAGGCACCUUUCUUGUGGACAAUUCUAGUGUGGACUUUCAGAAAUUCCCAGACAAAGAGAUACUGAGAAUGGCUGGACCACUCACAGCAGAUUUCAUUGUCAAGAUCCGAAACUCGGGGCCCACGGACAGUACAGUCCAGUUCAUCUUCUAUCAGCCUAUCAUCCACCGAUGGAGGGAGACGGAUUUCUUUCCUUGCUCAGCCACCUGUGGAGGAGGUUACCAGCUGACAUCGGCUGAGUGUUAUGAUCUUCGGAGCAACCGUGUGGUUGCUGAUCAGUACUGUCACUACUACCCAGAGAACGUCAAACCGAAACCCAAGCUUCAGGAGUGCAACUUGGAUCCUUGUCCAGCCAGUGACGGAUACAAGCAGAUCAUGCCUUAUGACCUCUACCACCCCCUUCCUCGGUGGGAGGCCACCCCGUGGACCGCGUGCUCCUCCUCGUGUGGGGGGGGCAUCCAGAGCCGGGCAGUUUCCUGUGUGGAGGAGGACAUCCAGGGGCAUGUCACUUCAGUGGAAGAGUGGAAAUGCAUGUACACCCCUAAGAUGCCCAUCGUGCAGCCCUGCAACAUUUUUGACUGCCCUAAAUGGCUGGCACAGGAGUGGUCUCCGUGCACGGUGACGUGUGGCCAGGGCCUCAGGUACCGUGUGGUCCUCUGCAUCGACCAUCGAGGAAUGCACACAGGGGGCUGUAGCCCCAAAACAAAGCCCCACAUCAAAGAGGAAUGCAUCAUACCCACUCCCUGCUAUAAACCCAAAGAGAAACUUCCAGUUGAGGCCAAGCUGCCGUGGUACAAACAAGCUCAAGAACUAGAAGAAGGAGCUGCUGUGUCAGAAGAGCCCUCGUUCAUCCCAGAGGCCUGGUCAGCCUGCACGGUUACCUGUGGCGUGGGGACCCAGGUGCGAAUAGUCAGGUGCCAGGUGCUCCUGUCUUUCUCUCAGUCCGUGGCUGACCUGCCUGCUGAUGAGUGUGAAGGGCCCAAGCCAGCAUCCCAGCGCGCCUGUUAUGCAGGACCAUGCAACGGGGAGAUUCCUGAGUUUAACCCAGACGAGACAGCUGGGAUCUUCGGUGGCCUGCAGGAUCUGGACGAGCUGUAUGACUGGGAGUAUGAGGGGUUCACCAAGUGCUCCGAGUCAUGUGGAGGAGGUGUCCAGGAGGCUGUGGUGAGCUGCCUGAAUAAACAGACCCGGGAGCCUGCUGAUGAGAACCUGUGCGUGACCAGCCGCCGGCCCCCACAGCUCCUGAAAUCCUGCAAUUUGGAUCCCUGCCCGGCAAGGUGGGAAAUCGGCAAGUGGAGUCCAUGUAGUCUCACCUGUGGGGUUGGCCUGCAGACCAGAGACGUCUUCUGCUCCCAUCUGCUUUCCAGAGAGAUGAAUGAAACGGUAAUCCUGGCUGAUGAGCUGUGUCACCAGCCCAAGCCGAGCACGGUGCAAGCGUGUAACCGCUUCAAUUGCCCCCCAGCCUGGUACCCUGCACUAUGGCAGCCGUGUUCCAGGACCUGUGGAGGGGGCAUUCAGAAACGUGAAGUUCUCUGCAAGCAGCGCAUGGCUGAUGGCAGCUUUCUGGAGCUUCCGGAGACCUUCUGUUCAGCCUUGAAACUGGCCACCCAGCAAGCCUGCAAGAAAGAUGACUGCCCCAGUGAGUGGCUUCUCUCAGACUGGACAGAGUGUUCCACUAGCUGCGGAGAGGGCACCCAGACUCGGAGUGCCAUUUGUCGUAAGGUGCUGAAAACCGGGGUCUCAACUAUCGUCAAUUCCAGUCUGUGCCCACCCCUGCCUUUCUCGUCCUCCAUCAGACCCUGUAUGCUGGCACCCUGUGCAAGGCCGGGGCGGCCGUCCCCCAAGGCCAGCCCGCACAUCGCGGCGGCGCGGAAGGUGUACGUCCAGACGCGCAGGCAGAGGAGGCUGCACUUCGUGGUGGGCGGCUUCGCCUACCUGCUGCCCAAGACGGCCGUGGUGCUGCGCUGCCCCACGCGCCGGGUCCGCAAGCCGCUCAUCACCUGGGAGAAGGACGGCCAGCACCUGGUCAGCUCCGCGCACGUCACCGUGGCUCCGCUCGGCUACCUGAAGAUCCACCGCCUGCAGCCCUCCGAUGCGGGCAUCUACACCUGCUCUGCCGGGCCGGCCCGGGAGCAGUUCGUGAUUAAGCUCAUCGGGGGCAACAGCAAGCUGGUGGCCCGGCCCGUGAGCCUGCACAGCGACGACGAGGCCCUCCCGGGGAGGAAGGCCAGCCCGAAGGAGGCCCUGCAGACCCACAAACACCACAACGGCAUCUCCGCCAACGGCAGCAAGGCCGAGAAGCGGGGCCUCGCCGCCGACCCGGGGAGCCGCUACGACGACAUCGUCGCCCGGCUGCUGGAGCAGGGGGGCUGGCCCGGGGAGCUCCUGGCCUCCAGGGAGGUGCAGGACUCCACGGAAAGGAACACGUCCUCGGAGGAGGAUGCAAACGCGGAGCAGGCCUUUCUGCACCUGCCCUUCACCAUGGUGACCGAGCAGAAGCGCCUGGACGACAUCCUCAGGAACCUGUCCCAGCAGCCCGAGGAGCUGCGGGACCUCUACAGCAAGCACCUGGUGGCCCAGCUGGCCCAGGAGAUCUUCCGCAGCCACAUGGAGCACCGGGACAUGCUCCUGAAGCCCUCGGAGCAGAGGGGUCCCCCCGUGGCCAUCCCGCCUCACAAACACGUGUCUGGCUUCAGCAGCUCCCUCCGGGCCUCGUCCUCGGCCGAGGCGGGGGGCGGCCCUCGCCGGCCACACCGCAAGCCCACCAUCCUGCGGAAGAUCUCCGCGGCCCAGCAGCUCUCGGCCUCGGAGGUGGUCACCCACCUCGGACAGACCGUGGCCCUGGCCAGCGGGACGCUGAGUGUGCUUCUGCACUGCGAGGCCAUAGGCAACCCAAGACCUUCCAUCAGCUGGGCCAGGAAUGGAGAAGAGGUUCAGUUUGGCGACAGGAUUAUUCUCCAGCCAGAUGAUUCCUUACAGAUCUUGGCACCAGUGGAAGCGGAUGUGGGUUUCUACACCUGCAAUGCCACAAAUGCUUUGGGAUAUGACUCUGUCUCCAUUGCUGUCACCUUAGCAGGAAAGCCACUAGUGAAAACGUCACGGAUGACCGUGGUCAACACAGAGAAGCCUGCAGUCACAGUCGAUAUAGGAAGCACUGUCAAAACAGUGCGAGGAGUGAAUGUAACAAUUAACUGCCAAGUUGCAGGUGUGCCUGAAGCUGAAGUCACCUGGUUCAGGAAUAAAAGCAAACUGGGUUCCCCUCCCCAUCAGCACGAGGGCUUCUUGCUGCUCCCAAAUGUGUCAUCCUCGGAUCAGGGCCUGUACUCCUGCAGGGCAGCCAAUCUUCACGGACAGCUGACUGAGAACACCCAGCUACUGAUCCUAGAUCCCCCCCAAGUCCCCACACAGUUGGAAGACAUCAGGGCCUUGCUCUCAGCCACUGGACCGAACCUUCCUUCGGUGCUGAUGUCUCCUCUGGGAACACAGCUGGUCCUGGAUCCUGGGAAUUCCGCUCUUCUCGGCUGCCCCAUCAAAGGUCACCCCACCCCCAAUAUUACCUGGUUCCAUGGUGGUCAGCCAAUUGCCACAGGACCGAUGCAUCACAUCUUGGCAGCUGGACAGAUCCUUCAGGUUUCAAAUCUUAGUGGUGGGUCACAAGGGGAAUUCAGCUGCCUUGCUCAGAAUGAGGCAGGGACACUCAUGCAGAAGGCAUCUUUAGUGAUCCAAGAUUACUGGUGGUCUGUGGACAGACUGGCGACCUGCUCAGCCUCCUGCGGAAACAGGGGGAUUCAGCAGCCCCGCCUAAGGUGCCUGCUGAACAGCACAGAGGUCAACCCUGCACACUGUGCGGGGAAGGUUCGCCCUGCCGUGCAGCCUGUCGCCUGCAACCGGAGAGACUGCCCUUCUCGAUGGAUGGUGACCUCCUGGUCUGCCUGUACCCGGAGCUGUGGGGGAGGCAUCCAGACCCGCCGGGUGACCUGUCAAAAGCUGAAAGCCUCUGGGAUCUCCAUUCCCGUGUCCAAUGACAUGUGUGCCCAGCUCGCCAAACGGCCUGUGGACACCCAGGCCUGUAACCAACAGCUCUGUGUAGAGUGGGCCUUUUCCAGCUGGGGCCAGUGCAAUGGGCCUUGCAUCGGACCUCGCCUAGCUGUGCAGCACAGACAGGUCUUCUGCCAGACACGGGAUGGCAUCACCCUACCAUCAGAGCAGUGUAGUGCCCUUCUGAGGCCUGUGAGCACCCAGAACUGCUGGUCAGAGGCGUGCAGCGUACACUGGAGGGUCAGCCUGUGGACCCUGUGCACGGCAACCUGCGGCAACUACGGCUUCCAGUCCCGACGUGUGGAGUGUGUGCAUGUCCGCACCAACAAGGCAGUGCCUGACCACCUGUGCUCCUGGGGGCCCCGGCCUGCCAACUGGCAGCGCUGCAACAUCACCCCGUGUGAAAACAUGGAGUGCAGAGACACCACCAGGUACUGCGAGAAGGUCAAACAGCUGAAGCUCUGCCAACUCAGCCAGUUCAAAUCUCGCUGCUGUGGAACAUGUGGCAGAGCAUGA